AUGGAAGAAGAAGAAUCAUCAGAUUCAAACUCGAGCUCGGACAUAUCCGAAACAUGGAAGCAAUCGAAAAGCACAGUCAGGAGAUUCAAGGGCGUGAUCCCACAGCAAAACGGACAUUGGGGCGCGCAAAUAUACGCGAACCAUCAACGUAUAUGGCUCGGGACAUUUAAGUCAGAGAUCGACGCGGCAAUGGCCUACGACAGCGCAGCCAUCAAGCUCCGCAAUAACGAUCCCCACCGAAACUUCCCAUGGACUCACAUAAGUUCUCAAGAACCGAGCUUUCAAAACCAGUUCACGACGGAAGUAGUCCUAAACAUGAUCCGCGACGGAUCAUACCCCAUAAAAUUCUUCGAUUUUCUAAGAACUCAACAGGGCGGGGCGGAAAUCAAUUUGCCGAGCAUCAGGGCCGACGGGGAAUUCUAUUGCACAUUACUUUUCGAGAAGGAGCUAACUCCGAGCGAUGUAGGGAAGCUCAACAGACUCGUGAUCCCUAAACGUUAUGCUGUUAAACAUUUUCCUAAUGUACCUAACGAAUGCUCUGGCGAGAGGCAGAGUUUGGAGAAUCGGUCGAGGAGAUUGAAUGAAGUUCAGCUCGAAUUCUAUGACCGGAAUAUGCGACUUUGGACUUUUCGGUAUUGCUACUGGAAGAGCAGCCAGAGCUUCGUGUUUACGAGAGGUUGGAAUAAGUUUGUGAAGAAGAAGGGACUUAAAGCUUGCGAUACUAUCGGAUUCUACUUGUAUAGCAGCCGGGAUUCGCGCUGUUUUGGGAAACAGUUUUUAGUUAUCGAUGUGGCGAGGAAAGGUGGCGGCGAUCGGAGGAGCGGCGGCGGCGCCGGCGAGGAAGAAGGGGUGGUUGAGGGUGGAGAUAAGAAUGGGUGCAAAGCUGGAUUUAGGCUUUUUGGAGUUCAUAUAGAAUAA